CGACUACAUCAACGCCGACUCAAGGGCCUUCAUCAUCCCCCCUCCCAUCAUCCAUUUUCAACAUUCUCAUCACGGCUUGCCACCAACAUCAUCAACAGCAUCAACAAUCUGCACCCAGUACUUCAUCAUCAUGUGUCAGAAGUGCAGCUACGAAAGGCGCUGUGAAGACUGCCACAUGAGAGUCAUCAUCAGCGUUGUAACCCACCAAGUAUGCGGCGGCAAGCCCCGAGAGAAGCUAACCAAUGCCCAAGAAGAGAAGCGCAAGAACCAUAAGGUACCCUAUCGCAAGGACGGUUUUAUAUGCAAACUCAGAAUACGGCCUCACAAGAAAUACUGGUCCUACAUCGGAGCGCACACCUGCAUGCGUUGCAGUCUUCAAAAGUUGAGGAAGGAAGCGGAGGAAGAGCUCAAAGCACUUGUGGAUGGAAAUGGAAUGGAGUCAGAGAUAAAUCUCAAAAAAGGAGAGGUUGAAGAGGCUGAAGGAAGAAAUGACGGAUACGGGGCUUCCCCCAAAGGAUUACAAGAAGGUGCUACCCAAGGCAAUCGAAGUCAACAUGAAGGGCUAGUUGCCUGGUGUCCUGGCCGAACGGGAUGAUGGUAUCCGGGACAGUAUCGAGUAUUUGUUCAAGGAGAGCCUUGAAGCGGAUCAACAGUCAGAUGACUCAGCCGCCUCGUCCGACCCGCUUACCACGGGCACCGAGGAGCCUUCUUCUCAUGCAGCGGGAAAGAAGACAGAGGGGAAACAGGUUGCGACAUCAGGUGUGGGGGAUUUAUUAUCCGAUGCAACCAGGUCUUCUCCGUUUCUUGGCGAGGACCAAAUGAGGAUUCUAUGCAACUCUUUUGGUGUUGGCAUGGGG